AUGGCUCCCGGAGUAACCGCUACCACCACCACUACAGUCGAGGAGGCCGUCGUCCGCGACCGCAAGUCCGCUCUCCCAACCCAAAUCUCUGCUGUCGCUCGUGGAGAUGCGGCGGGUAAACUCAAGCUACCAAGCUACCCAGCCUUCGCCACAAAAGAAGAAGAGAGGACGUACGUGAAAGAACACAUGGCCGCGGCGUUUAGGUGGAUGGGCAAGAGUGGAUAUGGACUCGAAGGAGUCGCCGGCCACAUCUCCAUCCGCGACCCAAUCCUCCGAGACCACUUCUGGCUCAACCCCCUCGCAAAACACUUCUCCCUCAUGCGCACCUCCGACCUCGUUCUCGUCGACCACAGCGGUAACGUCUCACCCCAUGGUAACCAAGCCGUCAUCAACGCCGCCGCUUUCGCCAUCCACUCCGAAAUCCACCGUGCGCGCCCAGAUGUCGAUGCGGCGUGCCAUGCGCAUUCGAUUCAUGGGAAGGCGUUUGCGGCAUUAGGGAGGGAAUUGGAUAUUAUUACGCAGGAUUCGUGUCAUUUUUGGGGGGAUCAGGCUGUUUAUGAUAGUUUUGGGGGGGUUGUGCUGGCGAAGGAGGAAGGGGAGCGGGUUGCUGCGGCGCUUGGCAAUAACCGUCUCUGUAUCCUCCAAAACCAUGGGCUUCUCACUGUCGGAAAGACCGUGGAUGAAGCAGCCUUCCUCUUUGGUGCCGCUGAUCGCUGUUGUCAGGCUCAGUUGUUGGCUGAUGCAGCGGCGGGUGGGAGAGGAGGGGAGACGGUGAAGAUUGGGGAGGAGGAGGCGAAGUUGACGCACGGGCAGUUGACUCAGGGUGAUGUGCUCUGGUUGGAGUUUCAGCCGAGUUAUGAGUUGAUGGAGUACGAGUCGAAAGGCGAGUUCAAGAAUUAAGGACGGCGCUGUGAGAGUGUGAGAACGAUGUACGAUACUGAUACCCA